AAACCAGUGCUUCUUCUCUGUUUUUUCUCCUCACAUUAUGGGGCUUGUUUUCUAGGGCUUUUUUUAGGGUUUCUCUUCAUCCAUUUCGAGCUCUUGCGGCUGAUUUUUCUCGGUUGUGAAAAUGGGAGGAGAGAAGGGAAUUAGCCUCGAGGAGAUAAAGAACGAGACGGUUGAUCUGGAACGGAUUCCAAUUGAGGAAGUGUUCGAGCAGUUGAAAUGUACCAAAGAAGGGCUGUCAUCGGAGGAAGGAGCCAACCGGCUUCAGAUCUUCGGACCCAACAAGCUAGAAGAGAAAAAGGAAAGCAAAAUUCUCAAGUUUCUGGGUUUCAUGUGGAACCCUCUGUCAUGGGUGAUGGAACUGGCUGCUCUGAUGGCUAUUGGCUUAGCGAACGGCGAUGGCAGGCCUCCAGAUUGGCAGGACUUUGUUGGAAUCGUUGUCUUGCUGGUAAUCAACUCCACAAUCAGUUUCAUUGAAGAAAACAAUGCCGGUAAUGCAGCUGCUGCUCUGAUGGCAGGUCUUGCACCAAAAACAAAGGUUAUCAGAGAUGGUCGAUGGAGUGAGCAGGAUGCUGCCAUUCUCGUUCCAGGAGACAUCAUAAGCAUCAAGUUGGGAGAUAUUGUCCCUGCUGAUGCCCGUCUUCUCGAGGGUGAUCCCUUGAAGAUUGACCAAUCGGCCUUGACGGGAGAGUCCCUCCCUGUCACGAAGAGUCCCGGGGAUGAGGUGUUCUCUGGUUCGACUUGCAAGCAGGGGGAGAUUGAAGCUGUUGUCAUUGCAACUGGUGUUCACACCUUCUUUGGGAAAGCCGCCCAUCUGGUUGACAGUACCAACCAAGUUGGACAUUUCCAGCAGGUUCUGACGGCCAUUGGUAACUUUUGCAUUUGCUCAAUUGCGGUGGGCAUGAUUGUAGAGAUCAUUGUCAUGUACCCGAUUCAACAUCGCAAAUAUAGGGAUGGGAUUGAUAAUCUGUUGGUUCUCUUGAUUGGAGGCAUACCUAUUGCGAUGCCUACUGUUUUGUCUGUGACAAUGGCCAUAGGAUCCCACAGGCUGUCUGAGCAGGGUGCAAUCACCAAGAGAAUGACUGCAAUAGAGGAGAUGGCAGGCAUGGAUGUUCUCUGCAGUGAUAAGACCGGGACGCUGACCCUUAACAAGCUGAGUGUCGACAGAACCUUGAUUGAGGUGUUUGCAAAAGGCGUGGACAAAGAGCACGUGAUCCUGCUCGCAGCAAGAGCAUCAAGGACUGAAAAUCAGGAUGCUAUUGAUGCUGCCAUUGUUGGGAUGCUUGCAGAUCCGAAGGAGGCCAGAGCUGGUAUAAGGGAGAUGCAUUUUCUUCCCUUCAACCCUGUGGACAAACGAACUGCUCUUACCUAUAUAGAGGCUGAUGGCAGCUGGCAUCGUGCGAGCAAAGGCGCCCCUGAGCAGAUUUUGAACCUUUGCAACUGCAAGGAUGAUGUUAGGAACAAGGUUCAUUCUGUGAUAGACAAGUUUGCUGAACGUGGGCUUCGAUCAUUGGCUGUUGCAAGACAGGAAGUGCCCGAGAGAACAAAGGAGAGUCUGGGAACACCAUGGCAAUUUGUUGGUCUGUUGCCUCUCUUUGAUCCCCCCAGGCAUGACAGUGCAGAAACCAUCCGCAGGGCUCUCAACCUUGGCGUGAAUGUGAAGAUGAUUACAGGGGAUCAGCUUGCUAUUGCUAAGGAGACGGGCCGAAGGCUCGGAAUGGGAACAAACAUGUAUCCUUCAUCUUCGUUGCUUGGUGGAGACAAGGAUGCAUCCAUUGCUGCUCUCCCCGUUGAUGAGCUGAUUGAGAAGGCCGAUGGAUUUGCAGGAGUAUUUCCAGAACACAAGUACGAAAUCGUGAGGAAGUUACAGGAGAGGAAGCAUAUCUGUGGUAUGACAGGAGAUGGUGUCAAUGACGCGCCUGCUUUGAAAAAGGCUGAUAUUGGAAUUGCUGUCGCUGAUGCUACCGAUGCUGCUAGAAGCGCUUCAGACAUUGUUCUUACUGAACCUGGACUCAGUGUCAUCGUUAGUGCUGUUCUAACCAGCAGAGCUAUUUUCCAGAGGAUGAAGAACUAUACGAUAUAUGCAGUCUCUAUCACCAUCCGUAUUGUUCUUGGUUUUAUGCUUAUUGCUCUGAUUUGGCAGUAUGACUUCUCUCCCUUCAUGGUUUUGAUCAUUGCCAUUCUCAAUGACGGAACAAUAAUGACAAUCUCUAAGGAUCGAGUGAAGCCAUCCCCCAUGCCAGACAGUUGGAAGCUGAAAGAGAUUUUCGUUACUGGCAUUGCUCUUGGCAGUUAUCUGGCACUGAUGACAGUCAUCUUCUUUUGGGCAAUGAAAGAUACCGACUUCUUCUCGAAUAAAUUCCACGUUAGGUCACUGAGGAAUAACGAAAAUGAGAUGAUGGCGGCCUUGUACCUGCAAGUGAGCAUUGUGAGCCAGGCCCUCAUAUUUGUCACCCGAUCUCGCAGCUGGUCCUUCAUUGAACGUCCUGGGCUCCUUUUGGUCAGCGCCUUCAUAGCUGCUCAGCUGGUGGCAACUCUGAUAGCUGUCUAUGCCAACUGGGGUUUCGCCAGGAUCAAAGGAGUGGGGUGGGGCUGGGCUGGUCUCAUCUGGCUUUACAGUGUGGUAUUCUACUUCCCGCUUGAUUUCAUGAAAUUUGCCGUCCGCUAUGCCCUAAGUGGAAAGGCUUGGGAUACCCUUAUACAGAAUAAGACUGCAUUCACUAGCAAGAAGGAUUACGGCAGAGAGGAAAGAGAAGCUCAAUGGGCACUGGCACAGAGGACGCUCCAUGGGCUCCAUCCACCUGAAACAACCAACCUCUUCUCUGACAAGAGCAGCUACCGGGAGCUUUCGGAGAUUGCCGAGCAGGCCAAGAGGCGAGCUGAGGUCGCAAGGCUACGUGAACUGCACACGCUCAAGGGACAUGUGGAGUCGGUGGUGAAGCUGAAAGGCCUUGACAUCGAUACGAUCCAGCAGCAUUACACCGUGUGAUGAAACAUAACAUAGAAGCAACUCAUCGAGAGGUUAAGCGGCAGGUCCCGACGGUGAAAGAUCAAACAAAAAUAGAAGGGGAGCUCUAACUAGUAGGAUGUUUUCUAUUGAUGCGUGCCAUGCUGUAAUUUCAUGGUUUCAUUUUCAUUUUGCUGGCAGGGGCAGAGGAUAGGUCUGUCUGGUUUCCAUUUCGUUAUGUAGUAUGAGCAAAAUGACCUUUCUAUAGUUAGUUUAAUCACUGAGAAACUCCUAUAGCGAAAGUUUGCUAUGGGUGGAUCUUUUGGCUGCCAAAUUUUCUUAUUGGAUGGUGAUGGGAAGUGGGCUUUGAUUUCUCA